GUUUGUUGUGAUAGGUUGUGGGUAGAAUGUAAGUAAUGCGUUUAGGUAUCUAAGAUAUGAACAAGGCUUAUGAUUCCGGACAUUAGUAGCAAGUAGUGUUGUUGAUAUUAUUCAUUUGCGAAUAAUUGUAAGGGCGCCUGCUGAUUAAGAGACCUGCAGCUGAGGUUGCAGAGUGAUAUAUUAGGCAGAACAGAAGGAGUGACCAAACUCAUACUCUGGUUGUUGCUGUGGUAGCUACCCUGUAAUCAACUAGCUCCAUCGCUUUAUUCUGAACCAGUAUCUGUAAAGUUACAAUGAGCAGAUAUUCAAGCGACUCAAACUCUAGUCGAGGAGAAGAUCAUUAUCGGAAGAAAAAAAAGUCAAAUAGAAGUGGAGGAAGGUCAAGAAGCUGUUCAUACUCCAGCAGUGACAGUAGUUAUUCUAAACGGCACUCACGAAAGCACAAGAAGGGAAAACAUCACCACUCUCAUAGUAGGGACCAUUAUGGCAAAAGAAUGCUCAAUGACCAGUCACACUCAAAAAAUAGGACCCACAGCAGGCGAUCCAGAGAGAGAUCGAGGUCACUAUCGAGAGAGAGAUCACACGACCGUAUAAUAUCCAGAUCUAAAAAGAAGGUUAAAAGGCAUUCUAGGUCCCGAUCUCCGUCCAAGUCCAGACACAGAUACAGAUCUUACUCGAGAUCACUAUCGAAAGACAAAUCGAGAUCACGUUCACGUUCCGUACAGAGAUCUCUGUCACAGAGUUCGAGAGACUCCCAGCUGUAUACUAAAAUUAAGACAGAGAAACAAGAUCGAAAAGAAAACAGUGAAGUUAAUGAAGGACAGAAAGAAAAUGGAAAAAGUUUGAAAGAGCAAAUUGCAGAAAGUGCAGAAAAGAUUCUCGGGAUUACUGUUACAGGAAUCACUUCUCUGGGACCAUCACAAAGUGUUUUGGACAAAUUGAAUAGUCCUGGAUUUGAGCAGAGAUCAUUUGUAUCAACGAAAUCUGCUGGGAGAAUAGCGGAUAAAGCACUGGAAGUUGAAGUAGAAGCACCUGCUCCGCCACUGUUAACAAAUGAUGAUGAUCCAAAAAGUAUAUUUCACUCAAGAUUAUUUUCAGAUCAGCAACGAAUGGAAAAAUGGAUUAAGAAGUUGUUCCACCUCCGCCAAAAAGCUGUAAAUGGUGAACCUAUUAUUUAGUUACUGUUCAUUACUGUUAUAUGAUUUUUAUUUUCUGAAACUGGAAACUACAGUUUUAUAUUGUAAAGUAACAUGGAUGUUAUUCUAAAAGUAUAUAAACAACAAGAGUUCAACAUGUAAACUAUUAUCUGCAAAUAAAAUACAUUUAAACUCUUUAGUAUAUAAAUUCAUAUCUAAAGGAACUAAAAUGUUUUCUACUGAAUGUCUAAUCCCAAAACUCAUAACACACUUCCACAGGGAUAUCUGAUAAAGCUUAUAACAAGAAUGUACUUGCCCGCAAAUCUGUACUGAAUGGAACAAUUUUUUUGUCACAGUAGAGUGUAAGCUCUUUCCUCAUAAGGACAAAAAAGUAAAAGUAUUGAAAUUUGUAUCUAACAAACUGUCACCACUUCCUCUGAGGGGUAAAGGCUCCAUUAUCAAUUUGGACUGAAAGGUAUAUUCUGAUAUGUAAGGAAUAACUGAGAUUCUAUUCUUAAGUAGAAUUCUGAGCUUUCUCCAUUUUAACAAAUGAAGGAAUAUACAUUUCAUUUCAUUUACAUCUGCACCCACAGUCUCAUUACCAGAACACCUAAAACUUAACAUAUAUUUCAGCAUACUGCUCAGUCUUCCAAACCACCAGACUUAUGAAACAAUAAAGUUACUAACAGCAGCAAACUCUGCCUAAAACAGGUCUUAUAUAUGCUGGUAACAAAUAAUACAAUAAAUAUGUCACUGUUCUCCACACAUUAUUAAGCACCUUGCAGAUUUUGAGC